CCACGCACAUGGAGUAGAGAUGCAUAUGGAUCUAAAGGCCUGGAGUGGCACCUCCGCCACAACGGCCACUAUAAGAAGCUCGAGGAUACCGCCCCGAAUAUGUUCUUGAUUCCCUUCUUACCGCACUCGCUCAUUACAAUCUAAAAGGUUAUAUCCGGGUCGAAUCGAAUAUGAAGGUCACUACUGCCAGUGUUGCGGCUUUAGCCACCGGUGCUAUUGCCGCGCCCUCAAGCACCACCCCUCGCUCAGCUAACAAGGCUGCUGCUGCUUGCUCCUCGGCUGUCACCCUCGACGCCAGCACCAAUGUGUUCAAGAACUACAAGCUGCACGCUAACACCUUCUACCGUGAGGAGGUCAACAAGGCCGUUGAGCAGAUGACCGAUGCGGCCUUGAAAACUUCGGCCGCGAAGGUUGCUGACGUCGGUAGCUUUUUGUGGCUCGACAGCAUUGCCAACAUUGCCAAGUUCGACGCCGCCGUUGAGGACCUUCCUUGCGAGGAUAUCCUUGGUCUUGUUAUCUACGACUUGCCCGGCCGUGACUGUGCCGCCAAGGCCUCCAACGGUGAGCUCAAGUACAACGAGCUCGACCGAUACAAGACUGAAUACAUUGACCCCAUCGUCGCGAAGGUCAAGGCCAACCCCAACUCGGCUUUCGCUCUUCUGAUCGAGCCCGACUCUCUCCCCAACUUGGUCACCAACUCCGACCUCAGCACUUGCCAGGAGAGCAAGACCGCCUACGAGGAGGGUGUCGCUUACGCUCUUAAGAGCCUCAACCUUCCCAACGUCGUUAUGUACGUCGACGCUGGUCACGGUGGCUGGCUCGGCUGGGACGCCAACCUCAAGCCCGGUGCUGAGGGCCUUGCCAAGGUUUACAAGGCCGCCGGCAGCCCCAAGCAGGUUCGUGGUUACGCCACCAACAUUGCUGGCUGGAACUCUUGGGACCAGGAGCCCGGUGAGUUCUCGGACGCGUCCGAUGCCAAAUACAACUCGUGCCAGAACGAGAAGACGUACGUCACCAAGUUCUCGGCUGCCCUUAAGACGGCUGGCUUCCCCGAGCACGCCAUCGUCGACACUGGCCGUAACGCCGUUACUGGCCUCCGUGAGGAGUGGGGUGACUGGUGCAACGUUAAGGGAGCUGGUUUCGGUGUCCGCCCGACUGCUGACACUGGCCUCGAGCUGGCUGAUGCCUUCGUCUGGGGUAAGCCCGGUGGUGAAUCUGACGGUACCAGCGAUGAGAGUGCUACCCGUUACGACUCUUUCUGCGGAAAGCCUGAUGCCUACAAGCCCUCUCCCGAAGCCGGUGAGUGGAACCAACCCUACUUCGAGGAGCUCCUCAAGAACGCCAAGCCCCAGUUUUAAGCGGUUAGCGUGGGCAGUUAUGGCAUUUGCGUCCGACUUGGUGGUGCAGCUGGUGGGACGAUGUGAAGCUCAGCUCUGUUUGUCUAUCAAGAUGGACUAAGCGAGCUAAGUGACACAGGUCG